AUGGAACACACGAAUGGAAUAUAUAUGUUGGGCAACGACCAUGAUGGUGAUGCUGCCUGGGCUCGAACCUUACUUUCAUCUUCGUCUCAGCCCCGCGAGAAUGCUACCCGUACUCUUUUCGCCAUGGACGAGCGCAAUGCGGGGUUUCAUGCCUUCAUGCCGGACAUCCGAAACAUCCGUCGCGGGGAGAUGACUGAUGCAGGUGCUCGGUCGGACGAGUAA